AUGUGGAGUACCACGCCGCCAGACUACGUCAAACCAGCUCCUCCAGCAACAAAUGAAACGUUGCCUCCUCCGCCCCCUCCACAGCCUCGAUCCCGCGGCCGUCGGGUAUCAAACAUACCCACGCACGGCGUACGCAUGUUUACCUGUCAAGCCGAAGGCUGUGGAAAGGUGUUUAAACGUUCCGAGCAUCUGAAACGCCAUAUUCGAUCCAUUCACACCUUGGAAAAACCUUUCGAGUGCCCUUAUCAGAGCUGUCAUAAACGUUUCUCGCGUUCAGAUAAUCUGAACCAACAUAUCCGCAUCCAUCGUCAUAGUAAUGCUGGAGUCAAGGAAAAGAAACAGCGUCAUGGAGACAAUCUACGCGGACCCGAUAAUUCGGCAACUACCACCACUGCUGCUACUACUUCCAGCACCUUACCACCUACUGGUCCUUCUCCUCCAGCUGCACAUCAUCAUCAGCACCGCCUUCAGCAUCACCAUCCACCACACCAUCCUCCUCCUCACCAUUCUUCGUACCAUCCGUUCUCAAACUUUUGCAAUCUCUAA